CGUAAACCUGAUCAUGGCCGAGUCAAGUAAACCUCCAGGCAGCGAACUGCUAGCCUUUGUCCACGCCAAUAGUUCCAUAAUCGAUUCCAAUUCCGUCCCUAACCUAUGCCCGUCACCAAAGUCUGCAAUUCGAUGCACAAGACGAGAACAAUGGCCGUGUAUUGAGCGAGUACUUGAGCGGCGGAGUGCCACUUGCGGAAAACCUCGACGGAGGAAGAGUUGCUGGCAGCGGCAAGAAGAGGGUCACACUGUGAGCCUCGUGAGGAACGUGCAAGGGAUUGACUUUGAAGAGAAAUCCCAUAAUGUGAUACAUUCACAACGACAGAACGUUUUAGAAAGGUCCGACAAUGCAUCCCAUCACGGCAUACAGGAGCCAGGUUUGCGAAUACGAAGGAAAAACUCAAUCGGGAGUGACGAGCAUGGGAAGCCGCUGGGGUUCAAAAAUCAGGCAGGAAACAUGAAGGGACAGCGUUACUUUGGAAGUCCUAGUCCUCCUGGGCGACCACAUCCACCAGACAAUUCAAGGAAAAUGGAACAGCGCACACCACAGCCCCCACAACCAAAUGUGGAUAGAGCGAAAUGGCACAAGCGCAUGGAGACAAAACGAGUAAUAUCAAUGCUCUAUAAAAAAUCCUUCAGCUCAUCAUCCUCUGAUGAAUGUGAUGACGAUGAUGGUUUUGAUGAGUUGGAUGAUACAGCAGCGCCCAUCCAUCUGCCACUCAUAAAACAUUGGAUCGCCAAGCACCAGUCGACCAUUAUUAGCAUGGAGGGUGUUGGCGAGUUUAUAAGGCAGUACCGUGUCUGGCGAAUGGCUGCCAUCUGUCUUGUGCAUUGGCAAAAGUUCCUAGACAAGUCUACCACACUGUAACAGCACUCCAAUGAGAUUGAACUGCGAAUAUGUACAAAUGGGCAACAGGAAACAGGCUCUAUGUACGGUUUGGCUGGGACUUUUCAUCGUCAUUGGCAAUAUCGGCCAUAUAGCCGUCAAUGACAUCUCGCAUGAUCUAUUUAAACAUGAAAUUAUAUGAGAAUCCCUGUUGCUGCUAGCAUCUGAGGGUGUACAUCUUAU